AUGGGAAUGUCCAUGAAGGUCAAAAGAAGCACACUGGAUGAUGUCAGGGAGCGGUUUAAACUAAAAAUGGCAGAAAAGGAAUAUGAGAAAAAGCAAAAGAAUAUGGAGGAGAUACUGGGAGAUGUCUAUGAAGAGGAAGCAAAAAUGAACGACUACAAAAAGGAGAAGAAAGUCGAGCAACGGAAGCGAAAGCUGAUUGAAUCACUCCCCGAGGAGGACGAUCUGGAUCCCGAACUCAAAGCAAUGAUGGGUUUCGGUGGUUUUGGCUCAUCGAAGAAGAAGUAG